GGGAGGGUGUCGGUACUCUGAGCAGCGAAGUGUGAACUGGGGCUCCAGGGGAGGCGGGGACUGCAGCUCCGUAACCCGCCAUGGCUCAAGCCGCCAAACAGCUGAAGAAAAUUAAAGACAUCGAGGCUCAGGCCCUCCAAGAGCAAAAGGAAAAGGAGGAAUCCAACAGGAAACGGAGGAACCGCUCUCGUGACCGAAAGAAAAAGGCCGAUGCUGCUACCAGUUUUCUGAGGGCAGCAAGAUCAGGGAACUUGGACAAAGCUUUGGAUCACCUGCGGAAUGGGGUAGAUAUUAACACCUGUAACCAGAAUGGGUUGAAUGGUUUGCAUCUGGCUUCUAAAGAAGGCCACGUGAAAAUGGUGGUUGAGCUUCUGCACAAGGAAAUCGUUUUAGAAACCACAACAAAGAAGGGGAACACAGCCUUGCACAUUGCUGCCCUAGCAGGUCAAGAUGAAGUGGUCCGGGAACUCGUCAACUAUGGAGCUAAUGUCAACGCACAGUCUCAGAAAGGCUUUACGCCUCUCUACAUGGCAGCACAGGAAAAUCAUUUGGAAGUUGUUAAGUUUCUGCUGGAAAAUGGAGCAAAUCAGAAUGUUGCUACAGAAGAUGGCUUCACACCAUUGGCUGUGGCUUUGCAGCAGGGUCAUGAGAACGUGGUGGCUCACCUGAUCAAUUAUGGGACAAAGGGAAAGGUGCGUCUGCCAGCCCUUCACAUCGCAGCCCGGAACGAUGACACAAGGACUGCAGCUGUCCUACUCCAAAAUGACCCAAAUGCAGAUGUGCUGUCCAAGACAGGAUUCACCCCGCUCCACAUAGCAGCCCACUAUGAGAACCUCAAUGUGGCCCAAUUAUUACUAAACCGGGGUGCCAGUGUGAAUUUUACACCACAGAACGGCAUCACUCCCCUGCACAUAGCUUCUCGCAGAGGGAAUGUGAUUAUGGUGCGGCUCCUGCUGGAUCGCGGCGCUGAGAUAGAAACGAGGACCAAGGAUGAACUGACUCCUCUCCACUGUGCAGCUAGAAAUGGGCAUGUGCGAAUCUCAGAGCUCCUGCUGGACCAUGGGGCACCCAUUCAGGCCAAAACCAAGAAUGGCUUGUCCCCCAUCCACAUGGCAGCUCAAGGUGACCAUCUAGAUUGUGUGCGGCUCUUGCUUCAGUACAAUGCAGAAAUAGACGACAUCACCCUGGACCACCUGACACCUCUCCACGUAGCGGCCCACUGUGGCCACCAUAGAGUGGCAAAGGUGCUUUUGGAUAAAGGGGCCAAACCCAAUUCCAGAGCCCUGAAUGGCUUCACGCCCUUACACAUUGCCUGUAAGAAGAAUCAUAUCCGUGUGAUGGAGCUGCUGCUGAAGACGGGAGCUUCCAUAGAUGCAGUCACCGAGUCUGGACUGACCCCACUCCAUGUAGCAUCCUUCAUGGGGCACCUUCCCAUUGUGAAGAAUCUUCUUCAGCGGGGAGCAUCACCUAAUGUCUCCAAUGUGAAAGUAGAGACACCACUGCAUAUGGCAGCCAGAGCUGGGCACACAGAAGUAGCCAAAUAUUUACUUCAGAAUAAAGCCAAAGUUAAUGCCAAGGCCAAGGAUGACCAGACCCCACUUCACUGUGCAGCUCGCAUCGGUCAUACAGACAUGGUGAAACUUCUCUUAGAAAACAAUGCCAACCCCAACCUUGCCACAACUGCUGGACACACCCCUCUACAUAUCACAGCACGAGAGGGUCAUAUGGAAACAGCCCGGGCCCUACUAGAAAAGGAAGCUUCCCAGGCUUGCAUGACCAAGAAAGGAUUUACCCCUCUCCAUGUUGCUGCUAAAUAUGGAAAGGUAAACGUGGCUGAGCUGCUGUUGGAAAGGGACGCUCAUCCAAAUGCAGCUGGAAAAAAUGGCCUCACCCCUCUCCAUGUGGCUGUCCAUCACAAUAACCUAGAGAUUGUGAAACUUCUACUUCCUCGAGGGGGCUCUCCACACAGUCCUGCUUGGAAUGGCUAUACCCCUCUGCACAUCGCUGCCAAACAGAACCAGAUGGAACUUGCUAGCAAUCUACUACAAUAUGGGGGGUCUGCAAAUGCCGAGUCAGUACAAGGGGUGACACCCCUUCACCUUGCUGCCCAAGAGGGUCAUGCGGAAAUGGUCGCUCUGCUACUUUCAAAACAAGCUAACGGCAACCUCGGAAACAAGAGUGGUCUCACUCCUCUCCACCUGGUGGCUCAAGAGGGCCAUGUGGCUGUAGCAGAUGUGCUGAUCAAACAGGGGGUCACAGUGGACGCCACCACCCGGAUGGGCUAUACCCCGUUACAUGUGGCCAGCCAUUAUGGAAAUAUCAAGCUGGUAAAGUUCCUGCUACAACACCAGGCAGAUGUUAAUGCAAAGACCAAGCUAGGAUAUACGCCCUUGCACCAGGCGGCUCAGCAAGGACAUACAGAUAUUGUGACCCUGCUACUGAAGAAUAGUGCUUCCCCCAAUGAAGUCAGUUCGAAUGGAACUACUCCUCUGGCCAUUGCCAAACGCCUCGGCUACAUUUCUGUAACUGAUGUACUGAAAAUUGUGACAGAUGAAACUGGUGUUGUGUUAGUCAGCGACAAGCACCGAAUGAGUUUCCCAGAGAGAGUGGAUGAGAAUCUGGAUGUCUCUGAAGAUGAAGGAACUGCUCAUGUAACUAUAAUGGGGGAGGAACUCAUGGGCCCCAAACCUGAGAAGCAGGAUUCCAGGGAUGUAGAUGAAGAAAAGGAGCUCCUGGACUUUGUGCCCAAGCUAGAUCAAGUGGUGGAAUCUCCAGCCAUUCCCAGGAUUCCAUGUGUCACACCUGAGACUGUGGUAAUCAGAGCAGAAGAGCCAGAACAGGCAUCUAAAGAAUUUGAUGAAGAUUCAUUAAUUCCCAGCAGCCCAGCAACAGAGACCUCAGAUAAUAUUAGUCCUGUGGCCAGCCCAGUACAUACAGGCUUCCUGGUGAGCUUCAUGGUUGAUGCCCGUGGGGGUUCCAUGAGAGGAAGUCGGCACAAUGGCCUGAGGGUCAUCAUCCCACCCCGGGCAUGUGCGGCACCCACUCGCAUCACUUGCCGCCUGGUCAAGCCCCAGAAGCUAACCACACCACCACCCCUGGCUGAGGAAGAGGGUCUGGCCAGCAGAAUCAUUGCCUUGGGACCGACAGGAGGCCAGUUCCUGAGCCCGGUGAUUGUGGAAAUCCCCCACUUUGCCUCCCAUGGUCGAGGAGACCGAGAGCUGGUGGUGCUUCGGAGUGAGAAUGGUUCCAUGUGGAAGGAGCAUCGGAGCCGCUAUGGAGAGAGCUACCUCGACCAAGCCCUCAACGGGAUGGACGAAGAACUGGAGAGCUUGGAGGAGCUGGAGAAGAAGCGGGUUUGCCGAAUCAUCACCACAGACUUCCCCUUGUAUUUUGUGGUCAUGUCACGCCUCUGUCAAGACUUUGACAUGAUUGGCCCUGAAGGGGGUUCUCUAAAGAGCAAGCUGGUCCCCAUGGUGCAAGCAACCUUUCCUGAAACUGCAGUUACUAAGAAAGUCAAACUGGCUCUCCAGGCUCAACCUGUGCCAGAUGAAUUAGUCACCAAACUUUUGGGCAACCAAGCAACAUUCAGCCCAAUUGUGACUGUGGAACCCCGGCGGAGGAAGUUCCACCGCCCCAUAGGGCUCCGGAUCCCCCUACCUCCUUCUUGGAAAGACAAUCCCCGGGACAGCGGGGAAGGGGACACCACAAGUCUCCGCCUGCUCUGCAGUGUCAUUGGUGGAAUAGCACAAGCCCAGUGGGAAGAUAUUACAGGAACUACCAAGUUGGUAUAUGCCAAUGAAUGUGCCAACUUUACCACCAAUGUUUCUGCAAGGUUUUGGUUGUCUGAUUGCCCGCGGACAGCCGAGGCUGUAGACUUUGCCACGCUGCUGUACAAAGAGCUGACUGCCGUGCCAUAUAUGGCCAAGUUUGUGGUGUUCGCCAAGAUGAAUGAUACACGAGAGGGACGGCUACGUUGUUACUGCAUGACAGAUGACAAAGUAGACAAGACCCUAGAGCAACAUGAAAACUUUGUUGAAGUAGCCCGGAGCAGAGAUAUUGAGGUAUUGGAAGGAAUGCCCCUCUUUGCAGAGCUCUCUGGGAACCUGGUACCUGUCAAAAAAGCUGCUCAACAGCGGAGCUUUCACUUCCAAUCUUUUCGUGAAAACCGUCUUGCCAUAUCUGUGAAGGUUAGGGACAGCAGUCGAGAAGCGGGAGGAUCUCUAUCAUUUCUGCGAAAGGCGAUGAAAUAUGAGGACUCUCAACAUAUCCUCUGCCACUUGAACAUUACAAUGCCCCCAUGCACCAAGGGAAGUGGAGCCGAUGAUAGGAGAAGGACUUUAACUCCUCUGGCCUUGAGAGAAAGAUAUAGCCUCCUCAGUGAAACAACCCUUGGUUCUCUCAGUGGGACAGAUAGGGCAGAUAUGAAAAUGGCUAUUAUAUCAGAGCAUCUCGGGCUCAGCUGGGCAGAAUUGGCUCGCGAGUUGCAAUUUGGCGUGGAAGAUAUCAACAGGAUACGUGUGGAGAACCCCAACUCCUUGUUGGAGCAGAGUUCGGCCCUGUUGAACCUCUGGGUCAUCCGUGAAGGCAAAAAUGCCAAGAUGGAAAAUCUUUACACGGCCCUGAGGAACAUUGACCGGAGUGAGAUUGUGAACAUGUUGGAAGGCUCUGGCCGGCAGAGUAGAAGCCUGAAACCUGACAGGCGGUAUGCAGACCGGGACUACUCCUUAUCACCGUCCCAGAUGAAUGGUUACACCUCGCUGCAGGAUGAGCUGCUGUCCCCGGCCUCCCUGCACUACACGCUGCCCUCUCCCUUGCGUGUAGAUCAGUAUUGGACCGAGGUGGCCAUCAUUGACGCCAUCCCCAUGGCCCCCACGGAGCACGAUGCCCUGAUGGAAAUGUCGGACAUGCAGGUGUGGUCCUCGGGCCUCACCCCCUCCCUGGUGACCGCCGAGGACUCCUCCCUGGAAUGUAGCAAGGCCGAGGACUCUGACGCCACCGGAGAGUGGAGGCUGCCGGGGCCCCUCCUGGAGGACCCCCAGGGCCCCGACCAGCUGGGCUCGCUGGAGCUCGUGGAGGACGACACAGUGGAUUCAGAUGCCACAAAUGGCCUUAUCGAUUUGCUUGACCAGGAGGAAGGUCAGAGGUCAGAAGAGAAGCUGCCAGGUGGUGAAAGGCAGGAUGAGCCGGCCGGCCAGGGACGGGAUUCAGAGCGUGAAGUGUCUCUUCUUUCAGGCCAGCAGAGAGUACAAGCCCGAAUAACAGAAUCCCCCACCGUGAGUCGAGUAAUGGAGAAGAGCCAAGACAGAACAAAGGACUGGGACACAGACGGCUCUAUCACCUCCUACCUGAAAGAUGCUGCACAGAGCUCUUGGCAAGAGGAGGUCACGGGAGGCCCACACUCAAUCCAGAGAACAAUAACCACCAUCUCCUCUGUAAAAAGCCUGGAGCCCAGUGGGUCUCAGGAAUAUGAGAAGAUCCUGAUGCCCACAGUAGAGCACAUGCGAAUCGACUCCUUGGAACAGUCAGAGUCCGAGAGCCCCCUGACAGAGAGAGAGCACAGACAUCCACCUGUCCUGAGUCAGGGCUAUGGAAAAUGGAUGGAAGAAACUGAGAGUGCCUUCUCCAGGCUAGUCAAGGAAAAUGAGCUUCAGGAUAUUCCAGGGGAACACGUGACUGAAGAACAAUUCACUGAUGAGCAAGGCAACAUUGUCACAAAGAAGAUAAUCCGCAAAGUGGUUCGGCAGAUAGACACAUCUGGGGACAGGGACACCCAGGAACUGGAGGAGGUGAAUACUGAGGGGUCUCUGCAGGAGUCCAGUGAGCUGGAAACAGAUCUUGAUGACUUUAUGAAACAUGCCAAGGCGGAGGAGGUGAGAGGGAGUAGUACCCUGCAAUCGGAGCUGAUCGAAGGGAGGAAGGGGGCUCAGAUAGUGAAACGAGCAAGCCUGAAAAGGGGGAAGCAGUGAUCUCCUGGCCCCUCCCUGUCGAAUGGCCUCUUUGGAGGAUCACACCUCAACACCCAACCACUGAACUCCACACAAUUUGCCCUGCACACUGGAGGAGAGCCCAUGCGUGGAGGGCAGCAAAGCCGGCUGUACAUGUUUCUAUAGGCUAACGGCAUGAUUUCUGUAAGAGAUUUCCUUUAACUGUCCUAUUCGCAUGAACGACUGGCUGUAGACGCAUGACCUACAGUCCUCAAUCCUGUCUCUGGCAACGGACCUCUAAUGGAAACCAGGACACAAGAGCAGAGAGAGAGAGAGAGAGAGAGAGAGAGAGAGAGAGAGAGAGAGAGAGAGAAGGGGACAAGGGCUCAGUUGUGGCUGGGGGUGGAAUUUUUAAAAGUCAUUUUAAUUUUUCCCUUCUGUGGGGCAGGGUUUGUUUUCCCCUACCCCAAUGUCAUCGAUAAGAAAUCCAUUUGGAUUUCAACCAGAAAAAAAAAAAAAAAAACCCCAACAUAUACAUGAAAUCAGCUUGAAACCCUAGUCCCUUUAUUCUCAUUUACCUGUUCGUACUCAGCUUUCCAUUGACAGACACCCACCUGUUAUGAUCACAUCCUCCUCUCCUUGACAUUCAGGAUACACAUCGACAUAUGGACACCUCUUCACCUGCAAUAUAUACAUACACACAGAGAUUUUUACUGUGAAGUCUGAGGCUGUAUAGUAAUCUCCUGUGGAUAAAUUGGAUAAUUUUUUUAUGUUGUCUCUCUCCUGUUUUUAUCAUCUCUCAAAUGGAAAACAAUGAUCUUUAGUGUGUUUGGGGUUGUUAAGAGUUGGGGCUCAGGAGAAGAGAAUCCCCCGCUUAGCCACAGGGUUCAAAAGGAGGCAAUGCCCCACCUGACAGGGAUUCCUUUCUCAGUAGGUGACUCAGACAGGUGGCUGCCCCAGGACUGCACCAGCAUGUUCUAUAGAGAAGAGGUUUUCUAUUUCUUCAAGCACUUAUCUCAUAGUUUGUGUUCAAAGUGUAAACUGUACAGUAAUCAGCCUUGUGUAUAUGAAAAAUAAUAAUAAUAACAAUAAUAAAUACUAUGCAAACCAAUAGAAACACUUUAGCGGUAUGUACAAAGCACUAAGAGCCCAGCUCCUGAGGGCUUCUUCAGGCUGCCGGCCAGGGAGCCACAGCCAGUUCUCUCUGAGGAAGAGGAGGGAAAGGAGUAGCUAUAGUGAAUGUAUCCGCCAGUUCUUUGCAGUCAGCGAAACACCAAAAGUCUCCCAGAGCAGUACUUGGUGCUCUUACUUCCGCAUGCCUUGCAGGGUUAAGUAAGGAGGCGUGGAAGCAGGUACUGGGCUCUGGGCUCCAGGCAGGGGGUGUGGGUCACAGACAGCGGGUGGGGCUGGCCUCUGACCAGGGGCCAAGUCCCUUUACCUGACAUAGAAGGACUCGAGUUGUAAGGGGGAGGCCCCCGGGCUGAGAUGGAGCAGCAGAGGAGGCUGAGCAGGUGGGAAACUGAGGCAUUCCAAGGCGGGAAGACCUGGCCCAGCCCCUAGGUAGCUGCGCUUUGGUCCAGGGCAGGAAGGCAACAGACAAGGGUUCCAUGCCUGGGUACCAUCAGUGAAGAGCCUUAAGGUAAUUACAGCCGAGCCUCCUCCAGAGGCUGAAAUCAGCACAAUCCCCGUCCUCCCCAUCUCCCUCCCAGCAGGGCAGUGCAGGUGGCAUCCAGGGCCAGGGAGGGUAUCCUUGUCCCACUCUUCCAGAUGCCCAGAGCAUCUUCUUGCCCCUGUGGCCCUUCUGAGAUUUCUAUGAGAUGCAUCAAAACCUUCCGAGUAGCACAGUGCCCCUUCUCUCUUCACAGCAGAGACCCUGGGGGUCCAAGACCAGCCCCAAUGACCAAUUAUAAACAUUCACUGACCUGAGAAAAGAAGGUGCUGCUGCCAGUACGAUUGAUGAUUCCAGGCAGCUAAUAUGUCUCCUUCCCCUUCCCAGGCCCCCAGCCCCCCUGCCCGCAUUAGGCUCUGACCGCCCUAGCCGGCAUCCCAGCACCCGUGGGACUGGAACCUCCCAAGCCAGGCUGGCUUUGUCCUUGCACGGCUUCUGAUCUGACCUUGACCCCUGCAGGCUAGAUAACAAUAGUAAUAGUAGCAGCUCACAUUUCUACGGCGUUUUAAGGUUUAGAAAAAGCAUUUUCCAACAGCCAGAUGACCCCAGAGUUGCUGCUUUCUGAACUCCAUAAAGGAUCCAGUGGCCGAUGGUAGGGUUUUUGGUUUUUUUGUUUUUUUAAUUCUGUUUUUGUUUUUGAGGGGUGGGGGCUAAAUCUGAUGUUCUCAGUUUGACCGGGGUGGUCUCAGGAAAGGCCCCUUUGGCCUCUUUCUGUGUUGACCCCCUGCCCCCAUCCCUAGUCAGCAUAUUUUAGAGUAUAACAGAUUUGCCUACUUUUUAUUUUUAAGUAGAACAAUUUGGCUACUAUCCUCCCCUUUUGUGGGGAGCGUCCAUAUGUAGUCUCAUCUGUGACUAUGGAGUAGAAAAAGGCAAGGGGAUACAGAAAAGAUACCCUGCCUUUGUCUUGAAGAAAUUCCCAUUAUCCCAUAUCUAAUUCUUUGGUACUUUUAUUAGUAAACACUGCCUAGCAUCAAAGCAAGCAGACCCCAAAGCUAACUGUCCCUUCCCCAGUCCCGUGAGUGGAACUGACAUUGGUUGGCCUGAGGAGGGACUCCCAGCUCCCAGCAGGUGGUGUGGGGGGAUGGGAUGCACCCGCCCACAGGCCUGACCUACCCUUUCUGCUGUGAGGGACAGAGGAAAGAAAGAGAAGGGCGUUAGUCUCUAGUGAUCAAUUCAGAGAGGACACAAGGGGAAACAGGCUCCAGGGUUAAUCGUCCCAGAGAUAAAUGGCACUAGCAGAGAAUGUGCAGCUGUACGGCACCCAGAACACCUAUAGUAUCUCUUUUUCUGUACCAUAAUCUCCCUAGAAUUGCUGAUGCAGCUGAAACCAAUAGCAUCUCCAUAGAGUCUUGUGUGGGUUUAAAAGCACUGGUCCAUGCUUUGGCAUCUUAUACCCCGUCGGCAUGGCUGCUUUAACCCGUACCGGCUCCAGGACCCCUUGGGUGACAUUGCUUUGUGCUCCAAUUGCUAGUAGGAGCUGUUAGAGGAAGAAUUUGGGGUCCCAAUGUGAUACCUAGAGAAUGCUGCAGUCUGCGCACUAGACGCUUUUUAGAAGUUUUGAAAUUAACCUUUAUCUCCUCUUUCUUUUUUAAAUUGUUAUGAAAACAAAAUCUUUUUUCUGGACUCUCUCUUUCCACAUGCUCUGUUACCUGGAGAGAGUUCCUUUCCCAAGUUCCUCCCUUCCCCUUCCAAAUGUAUAAAUCAUUCUCCCCUACACCAGCUGAACAGAUGUCAAAAUUAAUAAAGAAA